AAAAAAAGUAGAGUUAUAAAUUUAGAAAAAUGGCGUAUGACAACUUUGGAACCAAUUUGGGCAAAACGAAGAGUUCGCGCCCCUCGAUAGGUCAUAUAGAGUCCGAAAUUUUCAUGGAACACCUUGAAGCGGAAACAUUAAUGCCAAAAACAAAGGCAAGACAGACACAGCCUUCUUGGGUGGCCUGGUGUGAUCGGAACUCAAAGCCGGUGAAGCGUUUUAGAAAAGCUAAGGCUAGAAAGUUAACCAAAUGGCAGAAGAAAGGUCCAAUGACGAAGAAGGACUGGAAGCACUUCUGUGCCUGGGCUGCCUUUCGAACACAGCCUAGAAAUCCAGAGCUCCCGAAACCUGAUAAAUACCCCUGCGAGGCACCUUACCUGCCUUGUGCUCGAAAGAAGCGGAAACUGGACAAGUAUGAGCUGCAGGAAAGGAUGUUGAAAUUGGCAAAACCCCGAAAGAUCACCAAGAAGUAUCGUAUGCCGGAGCGACCGCCUACGUACUCCCCGGUGAUCUCUUGGGGUAAGCCACCGCAUCGUGAUCCUGGCAGACCCUUUAAACCACCCCAUGUCCCCAACUGUUUCAUAACCGACGAGCUGAAGGGGGAGUUCUGGGCGCAACUAAGAUUUCCCGUCCGUCAGGCAGCCCUCAACGGAAAGGUUACACCUCGCCUUUUGACUCUGUCCAAACCACGGCAAUAUCCACCCAUUCCGCAUUGUCUAUUCCUGAAAGGGACUUUAAAACCUUUGGAAGUUCCGCCGCCACGUAGAAAGAAGUUUACUAAGAGGGGCUGGCGACUGCACCAGAUGCGAUUGCUUUAUCUGUCCAAGCCGGUUUUGAGAAAGAACUUCGACUUCUUGAAUCGCACCUGUGGUGAUAUCUGUAUUUGUCCAAUUCGAAAUUAGU